CGGGCCGCCAGCUUCGCCCUCGCCAUGGCACCCUGGCUGCAGCUGCUGUUGCUGCUGGGGCUGCUCCCGGCCGCCGCUCCGGCCUCCAGCAAGCCCCCGGCGGCCGGCGCGCAGGCCUGGGAGCUGGCGUCCCCGGAGCUGCGGGAACCCGCCCGCUUCGCCUUGGAGAUGUACAACCGCGGCCGGGCUGCCGGGACGCGGGCCGCGCUGGGGGCCGUGCGCGGUCGCGUCCGCCGGGCGGGCCGGGGGUCCCUGUACUCGCUGAAGGCGACCCUGGUGGAGCCGCCCUGCAACGACCCCACGGUGUGCCAGCUCCCGGUGUCCAAGAAGACCCUGCUCUGCAGCUUCGAAGUCCUAGACGAGCUAGGAAAACACAUGCUACUGAGGCGGGACUGUGGCCCAGUUGAUACCAAGACUACAGAUGACAAAAAUGAGACUUUCAGUUCAUUCCUUCCACUGCUGAACAAGGACCCCCUCCCCCAGGACUUUUCUGUGAAGAUGGCUUCAAUCUUCAAGGACUUUGUCACCACCUAUAACCGGACAUAUGAUUCGCAGGAAGAAGCCAGUUGGCGCAUGUCCGUCUUUGCCAAUAAUAUGGUGCGAGCGCAGAAGAUCCAGGCCCUGGACCGUGGCACAGCUCAGUAUGGGGUCACCAAGUUCAGUGACCUGACAGAGGAGGAGUUCCGUACCAUCUACCUGAAUCCCCUCCUGAAAGAUGCACCUGGCAAGAACAUGCGCCUGGCCCAGCCUGUCACCGACGUUCCUCCGCCUCAGUGGGACUGGAGGAAUAAGGGGGCUGUCACCGAUGUCAAGGACCAGGGUAUGUGCGGCUCUUGCUGGGCCUUCUCAGUCACAGGCAACGUGGAAGGCCAGUGGUUCCUCAAACGGGGGACCCUGCUCUCCCUCUCUGAGCAGGAGCUCUUGGACUGUGACAAGACUGACAAGGCCUGCCUGGGAGGCUUGCCCUCCAACGCCUACUCAGCCAUAAGGACUCUGGGAGGGCUGGAGACAGAGGAUGACUACAGCUACCGAGGCCACUUGCAGACCUGCAGCUUCUCUGCAGAGAAGGCCAAAGUCUACAUCAACGACUCAGUGGAGCUGAGCAAGAAUGAGCAAAAGCUGGCGGCCUGGCUGGCCAAGAAGGGCCCCAUCUCCGUUGCCAUCAACGCCUUUGGCAUGCAGUUCUACCGCCACGGGAUCUCCCACCCCCUGCGCCCCCUCUGCAGCCCUUGGCUCAUCGACCACGCCGUGCUGCUCGUGGGCUAUGGCAACCGCUCUGCCACUCCCUUCUGGGCCAUCAAGAACAGCUGGGGCACCAACUGGGGUGAGGAGGGUUACUACUACUUGCACCGUGGCUCCGGGGCCUGUGGCGUGAACAUCAUGGCCAGCUCAGCGGUGAUAAACUGAGGCACACCAGCGCAGGAUCUGGUGCGGACCAGAAUGGCCCCUCCCCAGGAGGCACAGCUGGCCGAG